GGGGGCGGGAAGGAAGUCAGUCACGUGGCUGCACUCCCACACCCUUUUCCUCCUCCCAGUUCUCGCGCGACGGUUCCCCCCCCCCGCCUUUGGUGGUGACGUAAUUCAUUCGCGCCGCGUCGCACGCCGGUUUCUAGUCGGUUCGCUGUGUCACCGUCGUGGGCUUUCGUUUUAAGGUUUUCCCGUCCGCCGGGCCGUGAUGGAGUAUCUCAUCGGCAUUCAGGGGCCAGACUUCGUCCUGGUGGCCGCGGACACCAUCGCAGCCUCCAGCAUCGUCCAUAUGAAGCGCGAUCAUGACAAGAUGUUCAAGAUGAGUGAGAAAAUCUUGCUCCUGUGUGUCGGGGAGGCUGGUGACACUGUCCAGUUUGCAGAAUACAUUCAGAAAAAUGUCCAGCUCUACAAGAUGAGGAAUGGGUAUGAGUUGUCUCCAACUGCAGCUGCCAACUUCACGCGUCGGAAUCUGGCUGACUAUCUAAGGAGCCGGACCCCUUAUCAUGUCAACCUCCUCCUGGCGGGCUACGAUGAGCAGGACGGGCCUGCUCUCUACUACAUGGAUUACCUUGCCUCUUUGGCCAAAGCUCCCUUUGCAGCCCAUGGCUAUGGAGCCUUCCUAACGCUUAGCAUCCUCGACCGCUACUACAAACCAGGUAUCACGCGUGCAGAGGCAAUAGAGAUUCUCAAGAAAUGUCUCGAGGAGCUCCAGAAGCGCUUCAUUCUGAACUUGCCUUCUUUCAAUGCCCGUUUUAUUGAUAAAGAUGGUAUCCAUGAUGUGGACAGCAUACCGCUCCUGAAAGCAGCAGCCUGAACGUCCGGACCAACUGCACUCUUUCUGUCUCAGUUUGGUUUUUUGUACUUUGUUUGAAAUCCACUGUUCCCCGACUGCCCUUUGCAAAUGCAAAUAAUAAAGAUGGACUCUUUUAUUCUCUCCAAAAA